AACAAAUCUCCAAAAUCGUAAUUUCACCAAAGUUUGUGUUGAAAUAUUAAAAGUUUGUAGAUGAUAUUAAGAUAGUAUUUAUUCUAUACUCUAAGUGUAAAAUGCUGGGUAUUCAGAACUAUGGGAGUAGUUCCGAGGACGAAGGAGAGGAAGUUAAAGGGGCUGUUGAGACGCAGCACAGUAACGAGCGUUUGUUGACUCAUUUAAAACCCGUUGAUCCUGCUUUAUCUGUUGCCAAAACAAUGCAAGUUUGUGCAGCUCCUGUCGUAAUGCCAACAAAUAAUGACGACACCCGGGUCUUCAUAGCUCCGGGUAAAGAAUUAAUGCACAAUCCUACAUUUGAAGAACUGUAUGCACCCAGUUUCGGCCCUGAGAAUCCCUUCCAAACUCAACAAAUGAAGGCAAAUAGGAAUAUGCUAUCGGGAUUUGUAGAACAAGCUCAUGUCAGUGACUUCCAGUUUGAGAAUCAGAGAAGAACAUUCACAAGUUAUGGAUACGCCAUAGAUCCAUCCACAGAGAAAGAUGGUGAUCCUGGAGACUCAAUAGUUGUAUCUGCAAUGAUAGCACCACCAGAAGAAUCGGAAGGAAAAACAGUUUUUGAGACGAUAAGGAAAAGGCCACUUGAUAAGAAGAAGAGAAAUAAGAAUGAUGAUCCUCAAGAUAUUACAGGAUUUCUAGGACCGUGGGGAGGAUAUGUUGGUGAACAAAGAGUAAUGAAGCCAGAAGGUGAAGAAGCAAAGGCUUUAGAGGAAAUAUUAGCCAAGAGACAGAAGAAAGGCAAACAAGAAGAUGACAAACCUUUGGAAGAGAAAUCCAUAUUGCACAGUAGUGACAGUGUGGACUACCAGGGUCGGUCCUGGAUCGAGGCUCCGCGCAGUGAAACACAUCUCCGCAGUGAAACCCCACCUGACAAGUGCUUCUUACCUAAGUCUCACAUCCACACGUGGAAGGGGCACACGAAGGGCGUGGCGGCGGCGCGCUGGUUCCCCGGCACCGCGCACCUCAUGCUCUCCGCCGGGAUGGACUGCAGGGUUAAGAUAUGGGAGGUGUACGGCGAGCGGCGCUGCAUAAGGACGUACUUCGGGCACCGACAGGCCGUCAGGGAUGUCAACUUCAACAACAGCGGGAAACAGUUCCUCUCUGCAGCGUACGACCGCUACAUAAAGCUGUGGGACACGGAGAGCGGCGCGUGCGUGGCUCGCUUCACGUCGCGCAAGGUGCCGUACUGCGCGCUGUUCCAUCCCGACGAGGACAAGCAGCACCUGUUUGUAGCAGGGACCUCGGAUAAGAAGAUUAUUUGUUGGGACACCCGCAGCGGCGAGAUCGUGCAGGAGUACGACCGGCACCUCGGCGCCGUCAACACCAUCACGUUCGUGGACGACAACCGACGCUUCGUCACCACCUCCGACGACAAGAGUCUGCGCGUGUGGGAGUGGGACAUACCAGUAGACAUGAAGUACAUAGCGGACCCGACCAUGCACUCGCUGCCCGCAGUCACCGCCGCGCCCAACGGCAAGUGGCUCGCCUGCCAGUCCAUGGACAACAAGGUCAUCGUGUUCAGCGCACUGAAUAGAUUCAAGAUGAACAGGAAGAAGACCUUCACGGGACACAUGGUGGCCGGGUACGCGUGCUCCGUGGACUUCUCGCCGGAUAUGAGUUACUUGGUGUCGGGCGACGCGGACGGCAAGUGCUACAUCUGGGACUGGAAGACGACGAAGCUGUACAAGAAGUGGAAGGCGCACGACGGCGUCUGCAUCAGCGCGCUGUGGCACCCGCGCGAGCCCAGCCGCCUGCUCACCGCCGGCUGGGACGGCCUCAUCAAGUACUGGGACUGAAUAACACAACCGAGCAACGUUACCAACAUCUAUAUUGUACCCACAACGUGAACCAUGAACCAUCAAUAAAUAGUGACAUGAAUAACUCAAAUAAAAUCUAUUUUAAUUACAA